UUCAUUCAAAAUCAGAGUCAGUCAGUUGGUUUGCGUUGCAACAAACCGAUAACGAAAAUGAAAACAACAGCAUUUAAGCUUGAACUUUUCGCCGACGAAAGAAGAAAACGGCACUUCAGUUCACUUUCAUUUGUCGUACGGUUAGGUUUAAAGCAAACCCAAAUUUUAGUUUUAAAACGAUCUAAAAGAGAAGUACUUUCUGAUUUCAUUGCUGAUGAUCAUCUCUCCGCUGUAAUCUAAUACUAAAAUGCGUAUAGGGAUGUGUACUUUACUCUUUCUCGCACUUGCGUAUACGUUUCAUUAGUUUAUAGCUUAACUUUGUAAUAAAACCCUAAAAACGCGCGCAGGCGCAAUUCGUUAACAGGCAAUCACCUAAAUUGGUUGUCUACGAUAGGCGCGCGGAAACUUUUUCAAACAUCGCUCACAUUUACAUAACGUGUCAAAGAGUCAAAGAACAAUUCAUAAACGUUUUGUAAGAGAACUUCUCCGUAUGUAUGUAUGUAUGGCACAAAAAUUAAAUGCUUAAAAUAUAAUCCAAAAAAAAAAAAAAAAAAAAAUUCACAUAAUACAUGAAAUAUAUGAAUGCAUAAAUGAUUUCAUAACAAGUGUUUAUAUAUGUGAAUGCCGUAAUUAUUAGAAAGUGAAAGUGUCAUUAAAUGAAUUUACAUAAAUAGUUCAUCAACGAAAAGAAGAAGAAAAAAAAAAAAAAAAAAAAAAAACAAUAAAUAUAUAUGUGUAUGUAUAUUGAUAAAAAUCAAGGAAGAAAAUUUAUAAAUCGGCAAAUCAUUCAUGCUUCAAUAUGUUUACAAUUCAUUUAAUUAGUUAUGUCUUAUGCCUUUUGGCUUUUAUAACAGCGGCUCAAAAUACUCAAAAUCUUAUAAAUGGUGAUCAUUUCAUCAACGAUACAGAAGCAACAAUAAGUGAUAUUAUCGAUUUAAAUCGAAAUUCUACAGUCAUUUCAAAAUCGUCAUCCAAUGAUUUUUCAAAUCUUCCUCAGCUACGAGAUGCUCUAAAUAUCUUCGAUAUCAAUUAUUUAGCUAAACAAUGGUUUCACAUUCAAAAGGAUGUUUCUCUAAAUUGUUCAAAGGAUAUUUACAAAUAUUUAAACGCUUUAAAUAACAGUUCGCUGUGGGCAUUAAAAAUGGACGACGCUUCAGGUCAUUAUACUUCAGGUUUUUUUUACGGCAACAAUUAUUGGAUGGGUUCAAUGUCAUUGUGUAAGGCUAUACAUCACGCAGUAGGCCAUGAUCGUGGAAAGAUUGCCGUUAGGAGUAAUGGUCUCCAAUUCUCUAAAGAUAAUAUAUACACCUAUCCAUCUAUAUACAAUGAUAAUCCACCAUUCAUGCCAGGAUUUUUUAUAAUUAAAAUAUUUUUCAACGAAACUUAUCCAAUAAAAGUGACUAGAACGAUUUAUGCUGGCGUUUGUUUGCCUUCAACUUGUGAUCGUGUCGAUGUCAAAGAACUAUUUCGGAAGGCGCAAAAACAAUUAGACAGUCGUCAGAUUCGUGUUAUUGAUGUGCGAAUGCCUACCGAUCAAAAAUUCAAUCUUUAUGAAGAUCGAACGUUUUGGAUUUUAGCUAUUGUUUCUGCGAUUGUCUUCAUUUUGAUAUUGAGCGGUACCGUGUAUGAAAUUUACGUGAGUAAACGAUUUAAAGAAGUUUUGCGUCAACAGGAUAAAGAGAUGAUGAAUAACAGUGAAACCUCAUCCGGGAUAGGAUGUGCUUCUUCCGAUUAUGGAGACACAGUUACGCGUGAAUCCUUGAAAAAAGAGUCUUUAAAGGAUUUACAAAUAGUUUUAAAUUUGCCAAAGGAUAGAGAAAAUUGUGAAGUGUCCAGCGGCAAUCCGAAUACAAGUUCCGAUGAAUAUCUUGAAGGACAUCUUCAUGAGUCAGAUAAACUGAGUGUAUACUCAGAGCUAUUAUUAUCGUUUUCAGCCAUCACUAAUUUUAAAGCUAUAUGUGAUCACAAUGUCGGAGCCGAUACUUUAGCAUCUAUUCAUGGCUUAAGAGCUUUUUCAAUGUUCUGGGUGAUACUGGGUCACACUUGCAUUGUAGUCUUCAAAUAUUCAGAUAAUAUGGAAAUGCGUAAGGAUGUCGAAAGGAACUUCCUGUUUCAGGCCAUUACAAAUGGUCCGUUUAGUGUUGACACGUUUUUCUUCAUUAGCGGUUGUCUGGUAUCUUACUUGUAUUUCCGUACAAACGCAAAAGGCAAAUUAAAUAAGUUAGCGAAAGGAUCCUCCAAUGAAUGGACUAGAUGUGCAGCUCACUUUUUAGGUCUGGUAGCGUACCGUUUUAUGAGAUUAACUGCUCCGUAUAUGUUUGUAUUGGGUGUAGUUCAAGUCACUAUGAAAUAUUUGGCAGCAACUUCCAUAUUUGAACCGCCAACUAUGGAUCAUUUAACAUGCCCUCACUAUUGGUGGCGCAAUGUGCUUUAUAUUAAUACACUCUUCCCGGUUGAGCAAAUGUGUAUGUUAUGGAGUUGGUAUUUAGCCAACGAUACUCAAUUCUAUAUAAUCGGUGCUAUUAUAUUAAUUAUUGGGGCACGACAUUUCCGAUUAUCAGCUAUCACUACGUGCGCGUUUCUCAUCUUGUCGUGGAUUGUCACUGCUAUUGUUGCGUUCACGAAUAACCAUCGUCCUGACACUGACGAUCCUUUGGCUUUAUUUGAUAAAAUCUAUGAUAAGCCUUGGACUCGCUUGGGACCCUAUCUUAUUGGGAUGGCAGUGGGUUGGACCCUAUUUCGUACAAAUUGUAAAAUACGUUUGCCAAGGAUGGCUGUAGUGACCGCUUGGUCUUUAGCAAUAAUAAAUUUAUUGGUUCUGGUGUUCGGUCUCUAUCGUGCGGAAUUAUCGCAGUUCACUGCUGCGCUCUAUAGUUCAUUAAGUCAUUCGGCUUGGGCUCUAUCAUUGGCCUGGAUUACAAUUGCUUGCUCGACCGGUUAUGGCGGUUUCGUGAAUACUUUACUGUCGGCACCCUGUGUCUAUCCAUUUUCACGGGUCACGUACUGCGCUUAUUUGGUACAUCCAAUUGUUAUACGCUCGAUGGCCUUAAACGCGGAUGCUCCCAUGCAUUUAGGUGGCGAUACAAUGGUCAUUAUGUUUUUUGGUUUCGUAAUCGCAUCAUAUCUUCUAUCGUUUGUUGUCUCAAUAUCAUUUGAAGCACCUGUCGUUACCAUGUUGAAGAUUUUAUCACCUAGUCGAAAAAAACGGCUAGCCUGAGCUCCGCUGAGAUCCGUUGAGACAUCAAAUGAAAUCUAAAUGGAUUAUAUAUUUAUUUUUAAAUGUAAAUAAAUCUACUUUUCUUAAAUUAAUUAAAUAAUGAAUUAAACAAAU